GAGGUAUAUUAUCCGUCGCUCUAAACCUCGGUUACAUUUUGCCCUUAUGGUAAUAAGUAUCAAAGCUGCCGCCAUGGAGAUAUCACAGAUCUCUCUUGUGCCUUGGCGCUUGUUUCCUUAUUAUUUAUCGCCAAUAUGACAUUCGUAUCAUCUUCAUGUAUGCUGAGAAGCCUCAGCCUUAGAUUCUCAAUACUGACCACUUGGUUACUAUGGUGGGCGGUAUGUAUUGGUGCACGCCCUACUUAUAAUGUCCCCCGACAGGAUGAAUAUUCUCAUUGGGUAGCAACAUGGACCUCAAUGCCGCAGCUGGUGGAACCUAAUAAUAUGCCGCCAUCCCCAUUCUCGGGCUCGGCCGCGUUUAAGGAUGCCACCCUUCGCCAGACGCUUCACCUGUCUAUAGGUGCAGAAAGGCUUCGCUUCCAGAUCUCCAAUACUUUCGGUGGCAGUGACCUUCCUAUCACAGAAGCAUCUAUAGCCCUUCCAACAGGAGGCAAAGCGGGCGUGGAUGGAAUCGAUACGGCAACAUUGAAGGGUCUUACUUUUAAUGGCUCUAGCUCGGUCACGAUCCCGAGGGGUCAGGUUGCCUACACUGACCCUGUGGACUUCAAAGUUGACCCGCAGGCCAUGAUUACUAUCAGUCUCUAUUCGCAACCUGGCCAAUCUGGAAAUAGCAUUACUGGGCACCCAGGCAGUCGAACGACAUCUUGGAUGCAGCAGGGUAAUCACCUUAAUGCCUCGACUGUGACGGGAGCGAGCACGGCGCACUGGUAUUUUCUCACUGCUGUCGAAGCCUGGGCCCCAAAGACGACCGCCGCUCUGGUGAUUCUCGGCGAUAGUAUCACGGAUGGGCGAGGAAGCACUGAUAAUGCCAACAACCGCUGGCCUGACCUACUUCUAGCUCGGAUGCAGAAAGAAGGAAUCACCAACGUCGCCGUGUGCAACCAAGCAGCAGGCGGUAAUACCGUUCUUACCGGUGGUCUUGGCCCACCGCUCAUGCAGCGUUACAAGCGCGAUCUACUCACAACUGCCGGUGUUAAAUACGCUCUCAUUUUCGAAGGUGUAAACGACAUCGGAGGAGGAUCUGCGGACUCGGGAACACAAUCACGUAUCGGAAGUAGUCUAACAUCGUCCUUCACGACAAUUGCCAAGGAUGCGAAGGCAGCCGGCUUGACUGUCUUUGGGGCAACAAUCACACCAUUCGGCGGAAACGGACAGAGCUAUAGCAACCCAACGAGAGAUAAAACGAGGCAGACGGUGAAUAAAUGGAUUCUAGGAGGUGGAGAUGGCAGUUUUGAUGCUUCGAUUGACUUUGCUAAGAUCGUGGCUAACCCCUCCAACGCCGCUAACCUAGCCUCUCAGUACGAUGGCGGCGAUCAUCUACACCCCAACGUUGCUGGAUACCAGGCGAUCGCCGACCAAUUCCCUCUGGAUAUUUUUGGGGGUAAUGCUACUGUCGUAUAAGCAGUCAGGCUUAACUAGCUCGGUCAAGGGUUAUUAUAUGGGAUGUCCUGAAUCCACAAAUCAUUCCAGCUCCAUGUUUACCAGUGCAGUAGAAACAAGGGAACAGACUCGAAUGAAUUAUCCAAGUAUUAACCACUCGGAUAAUUAGUCAUCACUUAACACGCUGGGUCGGUUGCUGUUAGUAACCCGCCAAAGGUAUCAUAGGUAUAUGUGAUGAUGAACAAUAACAUGCAAUGAAGACUAAGGACCCUAGAUCAUGUGAAGGCAAAACAUUAAUUAUCGAGUAGAGUACAUGUUCUUUGAAUGAUUGAAUUAACUAGUAUUUGCUAGCCAUUGU